AAUGAGGAAUCAAAAGAAUCAGAGACAGUAACCCAGCAGCCUAAAAAAAGAGAACUUCAAGUAACCACUGAAUCUCAAGUUGAACCUCCUGUAACCUCGCAGCAACGAAAUCAAGCAUUAGAACAGGCAAAAAUGAUAUUGAAACCAUGCUUAAAUCUAAUGUUGAUUUACAAGACAAAGAGGAGUAUGCCACAUUAUUGUUGUGGGAUUUUGCAGGAGUUGAAGAAUUUUACCACACACAUCAAACCUUUCUGUCCUCUAGUUCAAUUUAUCUCGUUGUAACAAAACUCAAUGAAGCUGACGACAAAAAAGCACAAGAUUUAUUCCAGUUAUGGAUGGACUCAAUCCAUUGUUACAGUAGAAUGGAAGAGGACAAAAGUAAUUCUGCUGACAGCCAGACAUCAGAUGAUCUUGAUCCACCAGUAGUUAUUGUUGGUACUUGGAAAGAUACUUUGACCUCUAAUGUAGAAAAGAUUGACGAUGCAUGCCGAGAAAACAUUUUUAAAUUUACAGAGAACAUGUCAGAAGAUGAACUAAGACAUGUAAGGCAAGAAUACUUCAUUUCAAAUACAGAAGAUGAUCCCAGUGUAUUCCAGCAAAUCCGAGAAGACAUCCUAAACUUAGCGAGAAAAAUGAAAACAUGGAACAUAGUUUACCCCUUAAAAUUUAUUCAGCUGGAAAAACGACUUCAAGAGAAAAAAAAUGAGUUACCAAUUAUUUCCUUUGAUGCAAUUAAGCACAUCUCUACUGAUAUACCUAAUCCACUAAAUGAUGAGGAACUUAGAUUGUUCCUUGAAUUUCACCAUGAGAUCAGAGCUUUGGUUUAUUUCAAAGAUCUUCCUUCUUACAUUAUUUUAGAUACACAGUGGUUGUCUGAUGCUUUUAGAUGUAUAGUCACAGCACAGAAAUUUAGAGCUAUUAGUACUAGAAAUAGAAAAAAAUGGGAUGAAUUGUAUAGUAGAGGCAUAUUACAUAGUGAGGUUUUAGACGACAUAUUUAAAAAAAGUGAAAACAUUUUUUCCAAACACAAGGAUCACAUCCUGAACGUAAUGGAGAAAUUUGAUAUCAUUAUACGUCCUAACAUAUUGGAAACUGAAAGAGACGCUGGUGAUGACAAACCUCUCUAUUAUGUACCUUGUAUGAUUAAAUCAGAACCCCAGUGUGAUAUAUACGAAAUGUUUAAUGUUACAGAGAACACAUGUACUAAGUCCACCUGGUUAUGUUAUAUGUUUAGGUUUCUUCCACCUCAUUUAAUGGAUCAUUUAAUUGCGUCACUGUGCAGGGAAUAUAAAGUUGCAGAAGUUGUCACUAAGGAACAGAAAAGACAAAUUGCUCUUUUCGGAGGCUCAGCUGUCUUUGAUUUACAGAAAACAACAAAAUUAGCAAAAUUACAUAUAAUGAAAUGUCCGAAUUGGAUUCAAGUUCAGGUUUGGCAAUUUGGGAAAGGACGUGAAGGAGGUAUGUACAAAUACAUUGACGACUUUGUGACAGAGGAAAUUGUCAAGAUAAUAAGCACAAGAUUUAAGAUGUCUAAUGUGAACUUUUGGAAAAAAUGGGAAUGUGGCCUUACAAAAUCAGAGUCUGUUACAGGAUCAAAUGAUUUUAGUGAAGAGCAUAUAACAGAAUAUUACUGUGAGACAUGUACAUGCACCCAUAUAUUCAUUGGUGAAUGGCAAGAUCUGCAAAGUAGAGUACCUUGUCUGUCCCAGAGUUGUGAGAUUAAACCAGGAUUGAAUCCUAACAUAGAAAGCAUCAGUCAAGUCCAAACUACAUCCUCUAAGGUGUGUGUCCGUGUCAAAGCUAGUAAGAGAGACAUUUCAAAUGUCCACAAUGAGUCAAGAGCAGCAGCCAGUUUGACAGGGUUCACAAAAGAGGAAAUCAACUUUACAAAGAUGGGAAUGAUUGCACUAAAUAUUCUUGCUGAUGUUUUAUAUGAUCUAUUAAAACCAGAUAAACAAAAUCUACAACCAAGAUGUGAUUGUGAUAUAACAUACUUAUACAGUGAGCACAGGAAACUUAACAAACAUAUUCCAAGUAAUUCAAACCACCGACGUUGUCCUCCUGGACCAUGGGGAGGGAAUUGGCUAGAUAUUCAGAAUACCGACAUAGCCAUUGGAGAUGAUAUUGAGCGCAUAAGACUGACAAGAAACGAAUUACAACACUCUAGGAUAUUUCAACUUGAUGAUCAACGUUUUAAUGAAUUAUGUAACAUAUUAAGCGAUCUUUUAAAACGCUUUGAUCACUAUAACAAACCAACAAGGCUGUAUACAGAUCAACAAAAUGAGAUUUUGGCAAAAACUGUUUCUGCAGAGGAAGUAAAAUCAAUUGAAAAUGAAAUAUCAGGAAUGGCUUUUGAAUUUGAAAUUGAACACCAAAUCAAUGUUCCAACACAAUAGAGAAAUAAGCUCAUCUUCACAAUUUGUAUAACAAACAGUUAUGUAUGCAUACUACCACAGCAACAGAUUUGCAGAAGACCAAUCCUUUAUGUAUAGAAUCAAUCAUCUUUAAUAGAGAUGUCAGCUGAAAUAGAGUUACAGAAAAUAAUUGGCAAGAUAAAAAAAAGUAAA